GGAAGCCCGAGGAUAUAAAUGCGCAUGCGUAGAAGGUCGUCAGAUCAAGAUUCAAGAUGGCGGAGUUUCCGGACCUUGGUGCUCACUGCUCCGAGACUUUCUGCAAGCAACUGGAUUUCCUUCCAAUGAAAUGUGAUUGCUGUGAGAAGAUUUUUUGUAAAGACCACAUCUUGUAUCGGCAACACAACUGUGAGUCUUCCUACAAGAAGGACGUGCAGGUUCCGGUAUGCCCCCUGUGUAACGCCCCCAUCCCGGUGAAGAGGGGGGAGCUGCCUGACAUCAGGGUGGGGGAGCACAUCGACAGGGACUGUAAGUCUGACAAGGCGGAACAGAGGAGGAAGAAGAUCUACACCAACAGGUGUAACGUCAAGGGAUGUAAGCAGAAGGAGUUGAUACCUGUAGUGUGUGAUUCCUGUCGGAAGAACUUCUGUCUGAAGCACCGUCACACGACAGACCAUGACUGUAAAGGUUACCAGGACUCAGGCAGGGCAGUCUCUAAUGCUGGGGCUGCUGCCAUUCUGAGAAAUAAAGGGUCUAACAAACCCAGCAGUGCUGCUCGGUCCUCGGGCACUGCAGCUUCCAGACCAUCUAACAAACCACAGCAGACCAUGAUGUCUUCCACUGGCAGGGAACUGGACAGAGAGAGAAGGGAGCGCGAGGCCCAGCGGAGGUUACAGCAGACAGGAGGCAGACAGCAGACCAGGGCAAACGUAGGAGCAGCACAGGCCCUACAGGCUGGGCUGUCUGAGGAUGAAGCCAUGGCACUGGCCCUCCAGCAGUCACUAGCUGACGAGCAGGCUAAAAGCCAGCAGAAACCUAUGACCCAGCAAGAGCAGGAUGAUCUAGCCUUAGCCCAGGCACUAGCCGCAAGCGAGCAGGAGGCCCUCAGUCAACAGCAGAGGGGCAGACAGGGGAAUCAAGACAAAAACAGCUGUGCAGUCUCUUAACAACACUUCAUAUAUGUGCCUCUAUAUGUACAUAGACUUCUUGCUCCAAAAUAGCAGAUGUAAGAUAUAGUAUUCAACUGUGUUCAUAAAGUAUUGUUCAUGUCUAUCUGUGUUGCUAAAUUGAAUUGUUGAAGGGCAAACUGACCAACUUUAAUUUAAUGUUUGGUUUUGAAAGUUCAGUUAGUAAAUGAUGUGAUUAAUAUGUGUAAAGCUGCCAAUUUUAAUGUAUCACCAAAGAACAUG